GUCUGAGUAUUUCUACAAAGUUUCUUGGAGGUGUGAUAAAUAGGUAUGAUUCAUGCUGAUAAAAAUUGAAACAGUAAUCAAUAUUGAUACAGUAAUUAAUAUUUGAGAAUAAUAAAACAGUUAAUAGUUAAAAGUUGUAAUGCCAAAGAAGAGAGGGAAAAGAGGGGCUCCAUCCACCCCCCCUUCUCAGCAGAUGUUUUCAAGGACCACAGGAAAGAAACUGAAGAUGCAGUUGCUAAAAAUGACCAAGAACCCGGUUGGGUCCAAGAAAAUGCUAAUUAUAAGGGACUUAUUGCUUUGAUAUGUAGAUGCAGUGAUACGUUAGUCUUGGCUUACAUUGUACUGGCUUGGUGCGCAUGUGUAACCCAAAGGUGAAUUAAAGGACAACGAAGAAGACUACAGGGCCUUCAUCAGCGACGACCCCCAAAGACUUGUGCAACCACCAAACCGAGUGGUGGCGCAUGCGUGGUAAGGGUGGUAAUGAAGGCAGAGACAGAAAAGUGACGAACCGAAAAUAGGAGGAGAUGGCAUUGACACAUGGCAUAUAAGGGGUGACUUUCACUUGGCAAGCUUACAUAUAUCUGACACCUCACAGCAGCCAUCAGCCUAUGGAGACCAGGCUUUUAACAUGAAGGAAAUGUUUGAAAUGAUCAAAGAGAUGGACAAGAACAUAAAAGCACUUCCUGAAAAGGUAAUUCAAAUGCUGUAUGAGGAGAAUGAAGAAAUUAAGAUGCUGAAAGAGAAGAAUGAAAAGCUAGAGGGAAGAAACCAAAAGCUGUUGGCUAAAGUGAUGGCAAUGCACCAGCACUCUGAGGACAUCAAUGACCCCUUGCGUUUGUCUGCUGUGCUGGAGAGAUACGAGAUGCUCCGGCUGCAGGAAUGGGAGAAAGUCAGGUGCUCCAUGCCCCACCGCUGGACCUAUGAAGAGGGCAGUGAGGCCAUCAGGAAGGUGUUUGAUGCCUGUGAAAAAGAUAUACAACAGAGAACAGAGGACAUACUUAAAGUUCUUUACAUUCCACCUUGGAAUAAGGUGAUGAUGCAAGACGUAAUGAAGCUGCUCAGGCAAAACUAUCACCAAAACUCGAUGGUUUAUGACCAGAUUAUUCAAGAAGCUGCCGUUCACAUAAGAACUGAAAAUCAAACACAGUUCCUGCUGCAGUGCUGCCAAAUUUAUUGUUUGCUGCUUCUUCAGGAUCCACCAGUUAAAGCUGAGUGGAGGAUAAAGAGCAAACAUCUAGAGCAUGUGGACAAGAAAGAUGCAGUGCACUGGGAAAAUGAAUCACUUCUGUGGCCCAUAAUGAAACGUGGGGAAGAAAUUAUUGUGAAAGGUGUAGUCUGGGACCAAAGGAAAAUGACUUGAGAGUCGGGCUAAUUACUUACUUAGCCAUAAGAAGAUGAAACAGCUGCUAUGUAGUACGCUGCUUUUCUUUCCUCCAUGAAUUGCCUACUUUUCAGAGCUAGUAAGUUAGACAUCCCCCACUUGGGACACCUAGGAUAAAUCAUCAUUAACAAAUCUGUAUUAAAAAUUGAAGCUAUUCCAAUUGUCUCCUCACAAAGGCCACCUGUCUGUUAGCAUUCCCCUGCUUCCUCACAUCUUUACAAUUUACCUCUCCCAAAGUCCUUCAGCUACACAUGUGCCACAGCUCUGGAUGGAGGAAAUCCAGAAGUUGUAUUCCGUGGCAUAAUGGAAAUGCAAUGAGGCAAAUGCAGGUUUAUGUGAUUUGAUGUGACACAGUAUUCUGUGAGCAACUUGAGAAUUACCAAAUAAAAAAGACUUUAGAUUCUGCUGUGUGCCUGCUGUUAGAAUGCAUGGAAUAGAAGCCUGAGUCCCUCAGAGAGAGAAAGGAAUAUAGGAAUUGAAUUGGAACCUUUAGAGAAACUAAAAUAUAUUAAACCACACAGACAUGAAGUAGGAGUGUAAGUUUUAAUUUUAAGUAAGGAGAAAUAUAUCUUAAGUGCCUUAAGAAACUGUAUUAGCUAGUAAAAAACCAUAAAGCCUAGUUUAAAGUUCAGUAGUGUUACCUUUCACAAAACUAACUUAGCACCAGACAUAACAAAACCAUAGCAGAACAUUGCUUACAGUGUUAAAUAGAACAGAUAAAACUGUUUGUGUGAACAGAUAGAACUGUAUGUGUAGAUUCUGUGUAAAAACUAACACUACUUUCACACAUUAGAAUUAAGCUUGGAUAGGUGUAGAAAGAAUGUUUUAGAAUCGUGUUUUUAGCUGAUUUAUGAAAUUUAUGAAUAAAUUUUCCCUAUAUUGGGAUAAAAAAAGGUGCUAAUUGCUUCUACUAACUACUACUUCUUCUACUGCUUCUACUCAAAACAUCAAGACUCCAUACCAGAAAGCUUUUAGUACAAACUUUAAUACUGUAAACUCUUCACCUUCAGAACUGAUGUAUUCAUACAAUAAACAACUUUACAAC